UUCGAAUGAAAUGUUUCUUCAAUUUUUAGGUUAUAGAAGUUGAUCCCCGGGGUUAUUUGGGGUUUGGAAUUGGACAGGUAGAAUUCCAGUGAUGUGAAGAAAGAGAGAAAAGCUGAAAUUACAGUAGGGAUAUCGACCCAUGCUCUAUUGACUAACAAAAGAGAGAGAAGAACAGAGAGAGAGAGAGAGAGAGAGAGAGACUUUUUCAAAGGACAACUAGCUAGCAUACUGGUUGAAUUACAAAACUAUUGAGCAAAUUCAUCAUGGAGAAUCCUAACACAUGAAGUAAUAUGGCCUCUUCUAGCUACUCCAACUCUCCCUGUGCUGCCUGUAAAUUUUUGCGGAGAAAAUGCAUGCCAGAUUGCAUUUUUGCACCAUAUUUUCCGCCCGAAGAGCCACAGAAAUUUGCCAAUGUUCACAAGAUUUUUGGCGCAAGCAAUGUGAGUAAGCUCCUCAACGAAGUCCUUCCCCAUCAGAGAGAGGAUGCAGUCAACUCUCUGGCCUAUGAAGCCGAGGCACGAAUAAAAGACCCGGUCUAUGGCUGUGUUGGAGCCAUCUCAGUCCUUCAAAGGCAUGUCCUUCGGCUCCAGAAGGAAUUGGAAGCCACAAAUGCAGACCUGAUGCGGUAUGCCUGCAACGAGAUGCCUACAUCAACACCCCAGUUUGGAAGGAGGAUGGGGACUCAUGAAGGAAGUUCUUUUGGUCAAAGUACUUCUGGUUCGUAUUAUUCUUCUCCAUGGAAUAAUGAUCCCUGUGAUCAGGAUAGCCAAGAUAGAUCAGGAGGAGAUCAUGGAAAUAUGUAAGCAGCUGGUUAAUUGUAUUGACCAUUCUUAUGUCUAUAUAUGACUACGUACGUACGUACAUUGAGACAUCUACUCAAUUUUACCAUCUGGAGAUUCUCAAUGAAUUGGAAAGGGGCCGGGAAGGUCCUAUCAUGCACGGUACUAUAACAUGGCAUGUGCUAUGCUGCGAAGACCCGGCCGCUCAUGACUAGAUUACUAUGCGGUAUAUGCACCGAAUAUUGCUACAUAUGUAAUUUGCAAAUGAGUCAACUUAAAUUAUAUAUGCACCA